UCUCCAUCCCGUCCCAGUUCAUUCGCUCGCCACGCCGCCUGAUCUGCCUCGACGCUGUCUUCCUGUCUUCCCGUAAUCCCUUUUGGACAAUUGCAUGGUCUCUCCACAAUCAUGCAUCGGCCGAAGGCGGUUGUCAUCCCUCGCCUCGAUCAAGAGAACAUCCCCCCGGGACAGCUAGCCAAACCUAUCAAAUCCCAACGUCUAUAUGGAGGCUCCUCGCAAAGCCUUGACCGUCUCGUCAAACCCUUCAAAUGUCCUGGCUCUGCAACGGUAAGCCGAACUUCCGUAAAGCCGGCCAGGAAGCGGCGCAAGAUCGACUACACGGAAGAUGGCGGCGAUGUACCGGAUUCCGAUUCGGCAUAUAGUGAGAAUUUGGCCAAGCUUCAGGCACGGUUGGAAGGCAACAAGUUUCCCGUCUUCAAAGUGAAAGACAAGGACACCACGUUCCGAGCAAGAUUCAGCGUCCCGCUUUUGAACAAAGACACUGGAGGAUGGAAUCCACAGCGAGGAGCACCUCUUCUUGGGAUGAGGCAAGGCAGAGUCUUCGUUGCUCGACCGCUACAUGAUCCGAGUGGUGAAUUCUCGAUCGUUCUCUUCGAUCCGACAGUCGACGGGAAACCGGAACCCAAGAAGAUCGAGGAGAAGGAAGAGGAAGAAAAGGACCAGAUCAAGGUGGACGCUCCCCUCGUGCAUAAGAGCUUAGCGGAAAUAUUGGGGUUGAAGAAGACGGUGGAAGAGCAUCCUCAAGUUCCGGUUGUUAUUGACCCACGUUUGGCAAAAGUUUUGAGACCACAUCAAGUGGAAGGAGUAAAGUUCCUUUACUCAUGUGUCACUGGCAUGGUCGAUGAAAAUGCACAUGGCUGCAUCAUGGCUGACGAGAUGGGGCUGGGGAAGACGUUGCAAUGCAUCACCCUCUUAUGGACCCUCCUCAAGCAGUCACCAGAUGCAGGAAAGCCAACCAUAGAGAAAUGCGUGAUUGCCUGUCCAUCAAGCCUGGUCAAGAACUGGGCAAACGAGCUGGUGAAAUGGCUCGGGAAAGAUGCGAUCCAUCCGUUCGCCAUUGAUGGAAAACUUCCAAAAGAGGAAUUAAUCCAGCAGCUACGUCAGUGGUCCAUUGCCACUGGACGAGCAGUCAUCCGCCCCGUUAUCAUUGUCUCAUAUGAGACGCUACGACUAUAUGCCGAGGAACUCAAGAGCACACCCAUUGGCCUUCUUCUCUGCGAUGAAGGUCAUCGACUCAAAAAUGACGAGAGCCGGACGUUUACUGCCCUGACCGGUCUGAAUGUCCAGCGCCGAGUCAUUCUCUCCGGGACGCCGAUUCAAAACGAUUUAUCCGAAUAUUUUGCACUCCUCAACUUCGCUAAUCCUAACUAUCUCGGAACGAGAAUGGAGUUUCGCAAGAAGUUCGAGAUCCCCAUUCUCCGCGGUCGCGAUGCUGAUGGCACGGAAGUCGACCGAGAGAAAGGAGAUCAGGCCACUUCAGAGCUUCUCGGGUUGGUAAACAAGUUCAUCAUCCGGCGAACCAACGACAUUCUCAGCAAGUAUCUACCGGUGAAGUAUGAACAUGUCGUCUUCUGUAACCUAGCGCCAUUCCAAAAGGAUCUCUAUAACCUCUUCAUCCAAUCGCCCGAGAUCAAGAGUUUGCUCCGUGGAAAGGGGAGCCAGCCGCUCGUUGCUAUUGGGCUUCUCAAGAAGCUGUGCAAUCAUCCGGAUCUGCUAGCCUUACCGCACGAUCUCCCCGGAUCGGAAGACACCUUCCCAGAAGACUUUGUUCCAAAAGAUUCCCGCGGUCGGGACAGGGAUGUAAAGUCGUGGUAUUCUGGGAAGAUGGUGGUUCUCGACCGAAUGCUGGCAAGAAUCCGACAGGAUACGAACGAUAAGAUCGUGCUGAUUUCCAAUUACUCCAAGACCCUGGAUAUAUUCGAGAGGCUUUGCCGAUCUCGAGGCUACGGCUCCUUCCGUCUCGAUGGUAGCAUGAACGUCAGCAAGCGACAGAAGCUCGUAGACAGAUUCAACGAUCCCGAAGGCGAAGAAUUCGUCUUCCUGCUCUCCAGCAAAGCCGGUGGAUGCGGCCUCAAUCUCAUCGGAGCCAACCGCCUCAUCCUCUUCGAUCCCGACUGGAAUCCCGCGGCCGAUCAGCAGGCAUUGGCUCGCGUGUGGCGCGACGGGCAGAAGAAAGACUGCUUCGUCUACCGCUUCAUCGCGACGGGGACGAUUGAAGAGAAGAUUUUCCAGCGGCAAUCGCACAAGCAAGCGCUCUCCACCUGCGUCGUGGACUCCGGGGAGGACGUGGAGCGACAUUUCAGUUUAGGUUCGCUUCGUGAGCUGUUCCAGUAUCAGCCGCACACGACGAGCGAUACGCAUGACACGUUCAAGUGUAAGCGAUGCAACAAGGAUGGUCAGCAGCAUAUCAAGUCGCAGGCGAUGCUCUACGGUGACACCAGUACUUGGAAUCACUUCGUGAAUAGCGGGCAGAGCGGGCCGCUGGGAAAGAUCCAGGACCUUCUGCUUCGUCAAGAGACGGAGCAAGGGGACGUCAGUGCGGUGUUCCAAUAUAUCAGCCACUAAUGAUUACUCGAGGGGAAUGAGGGGAUGACUUCAGAUUGUUAGCAUUUGGUUAGGCGCAUUGGUUAGGCGCAUUGUAUAGACAGCGACACGCUAAUCCAAUUCAUCCUCG